CUUUCCGUCACGUGACCAAACACGGACGUCUCGUCUGACAAACGCCGUAUUUUAGCAGGAAGCCAGUACAAUGAGGCUGGUCAUUCUGGACGACUAUGACCUGGCCAGUGAGUGGGCGGCCAAAUACAUCCGCAACAGAAUCAUCCAGUUCAAGCCCUCGGCGGAAAGGUACUUCACUCUGGGCCUACCGACGGGGAGUACUCCCUAUGGCUGUUACCAGAAGUUAAUUGAAUUCUACAGGAGUGGAGAUAUUUCAUUCAAAUAUGUGAAGACCUUCAACAUGGAUGAAUAUGUCGGUCUACCUCGUGCUCAUCCAGAGAGCUAUCACUCCUACAUGUGGAACAACUUCUUCAAGCACAUCGACAUUGAUCCAGCCAACGCUCACAUCUUGGACGGGAACGCAGAGGACCUGGAGACGGAGUGCCAGGCCUACGAGCAGAAGAUCGCAGAGGCUGGAGGAAUUGAGUUGUUCGUAGGAGGUAUUGGCCCUGAUGGCCACAUAGCGUUCAACGAGCCCGGUUCCAGCCUUGUUUCCAGGACCAGAGUGAAAACCCUGGCUAAGGAUACCAUUGUGGCCAAUGCUCGUUUCUUUGGCAACGACCUCAACAAGGUUCCCACCAUGGCUCUCACUGUGGGCGUAGGAACUGUCAUGGACGCCAAGGAGGUGAUGAUUCUGAUCACAGGAGCACACAAAGCCUUUGCUCUGUAUAAAGCCAUAGAGGAGGGGGUGAACCACAUGUGGACCGUGUCAGCAUUCCAGCAGCACCCGCGCACCAUCUUUGUCUGCGAUGAAGACGCCACCCUGGAGCUACGGGUCAAAACGGUCAAAUACUUCAAAGGUCCACCAAGCACUGAUGAUGCAGAAUGACAUCACCAAAAACUGUCCAAAGAAUGAGUUUAAUGCAUGUUCAUAACCGACUGGUGGACCCGGUGCUCAGCAUAAAGGACCAGUGAAAGGAAGAAGAUCAGAGGAAGAGCGCUGAAGACACUCCGGACAUGAAAGGGCCGCCGUAGUACUCUGGUACUGUUCUGGUACUGGAGACGCUGUCGGGCCAGUGUUUGAAUGGCUGUCCUGACCACAGCAUACUGCUCAUGGGUAGACUUGAACGUCCUUUGGAUAAUGUCACAGGUAAUUAAUGUUGUAAGGAGAGACUCCCUCUGAGGUUCUUUUGUUUAAAGGGACAGUACCAGUUUACUUUAUUUUCUUGUUUCUUGAUCUUCUUUUUUGUUCAGUAUGGGAGCUUUGAAGGCUUUGAGUCAAAGUCCUGACAGUAAAUGUAAAGCCUUAACACAAAUAAAUGUCAUCUUAUUCUGGUUAAACUGUAGCUUUUUUGUUCUAUUUGUUUAUAUAUAUAUAUAUAUAUAUAUAUAUAUAUAUAUAUAUAUAUAUAUAGUUUUUGCUGUUAUGUAUACAAGGAAUGUGAACUGUAAAAAAAAUCAAUUUGAAUCGCGAUUCAAGAUCUACCGAUUCAAAAUUGAUUCAUAGAAAUUCAAAAACCUGAUUCAUAUUUUUUUUCAUUAAUUGUAUGUCUACUGCAAUCACAUGAUAAGAUAGAUAGUGAUAGAUAGAUAGAUAGAUACUUUAUUGGGAAAUUCAAGGUCACAGUUGCUUAGAGAUCAUACACACAUCAUUUUAACAAGAUGUUAAAAUAACAAAUGAAUAAUAUGGAGAUUAUACACACAUACAUGGGAAAAGUGACUACAUUUACACACUGUGAAUCAUUUUUGAAUCGAAAAUCGCUAUUGGAUCGAAUCGUGAGCCUAAAUCUCGUUUUCUGACUCGUACAGCCCUAUUUUCACACUUCUUACGUUCUAACGCUGGGUUUUCACAGGCAGCUUUUUACAGGCGACUCUAACAUCCAGGGACUCGCUGUCAGCGGCCUUCGCUCGUACGUCUGCUCUCAGAGGAAAUUAAUUGAACCGCCCGACUCUGCUUUUGUUGAAGGUACAGUAGUGUCCAGCACAG